AUGCCACAGCCUCCCCUGCCUCCACCACACACCACAAGAUCCUGGGACCACCCGGGCCCUGCCUCCACCCCACACCACAUCAGAUCCUGGGAUCACCCCUGCCUCCACCCCACACCACAUCAGAUCCUGGGAUCACCCCUGCCUCCACCCCACACCACAUCAAAUCCUGGGACCACCCCUGCCUCCACCCCACACCACAUCAGAUCCUGGGACCACCCCUGCCUCCACCCCACACCACAUCAGAUCCUGGGACCACCCCUGCCUCCACCCCACACCACAUCAGAUCCUGUGAUCACCCCUGCCUCCACCCCACACCACAUCAAAUCCUGGGACCACCCCUGCCUCCACCCCACACCACAUCAGAUCCUGGGAUCACCCCUGCCUCCACCCCACACCACAUCAAAUCCUGGGACCACCCCUGCCUCCACCCCACACCACAUCAGAUCCUGGGAUCACCCCUGCCUCCACCCCACACCACAUCAGAUCCUGGGAUCACCCCUGCCUCCACCCCACACCACAUCAGAUCCUGGGAUCACCCCUGCCUCCACCCCACACCACAUCACAUCCUGGGAUCACCCCUGCCUCCACCCCACGCCACAUCAGAUCCUGGGAUCACCCCUGCCUCCACCCCACGCCACAUCAAAUCCUGGGACCACCCCUGAUCCACCCCACGCCACAUCACAUCCUGGGACCACCCCUGCCUCCACCCCACGCCACAUCAGAUCCUGGGACCACCCCUGCCUCCACCCCACGCCACAUCAGAUCCUGGGACCACCCCUGCCUCCACCCCACGCCACAUCAAAUCCUGGGACCACCCCUGCCUCCACUCCACGCCACAUCAAAUCCUGGGACCACCCCUGCCUCCACCCCACACCACAUCAAAUCCUGGGACCACCCCUGCCUCCACCCCACACCACAUCAAAUCCUGGGACCACCCCUGCCUCCACCCCACACCACAUCAAAUCCUGGGACCACCCCUGCCUCCACCCCACACCACAUCAAAUCCUGGGACCACCCCUGCCUCCACCCCACACCACAUCAGAUCCUGGGAUCACCCCUGCCUCCACCCCACACCACAUCAGAUCCUGGGACCACCCCUGCCUCCACCCCACACCACAUCAGAUCCUGGGACCACCCCUGCCUCCACCCCACACCACAUCAGAUCCUGGGACCACCCCUGCCUCCACCCCACACCACAUCAGAUCCUGGGACCACCCCUGCCUCCACCCCACACCACAUCAGAUCCUGGGAUCACCCCUGCCUCCACCCCACACCACAUCAGACCCUGGGAUCACCCCUGCCUCCACCCCACACCACAUCAGACCCUGGGAUCACCCCUGCCUCCACCCCACACCACAUCAGACCCUGGGAUCACCCCUGCCUCCACCCCACACCACAUCAAAUCCUGGGAUCACCCCUGCCUCCACCCCACACCACAUCAGAUCCUGGGAUCACCCCUGCCUCCACCCCACACCACAUCAGAUCCUGGGAUCACCCCUGCCUCCACCCCACACCACAUCAGAUCCUGGGAUCACCCCUGCCUCCACCCCACACCACAUCAGAUCCUGGGACCACCCCUGCCUCCACCCCACACCACAUCAGAUCCUGGGACCACCCCUGCCUCCACCCCACACCACAUCCGCAUACAUGAAAUAUGUUUUGUUAUGA